AUGGAUCGAGGCGCCAAUGGAUUUAUCCUUGGCAAUGAUGUACGUGUUGUGAAUUUAUCUGGUACAUUCAUUGAUUUGAAUGGUAUUGACAAUCACACAGUUCGAAACCUCCAGUUGGCUACUGCGGUUGUGUUCAUGCGAAGUGAUCAUGGUCCCAUCCUUGGUCGCAUCCACCAGGGUGCCGUCAUGUAUGACGGCCGUACCAUUGCUUGUCCCGGUCAGAUGGAGCACUUUGGUUGUUGUGUUCACGAGAAAGCCAAGACCGUGACUGGAGUGGACCCCUACUUUGUCACACCCAAUGGUUUCAGAGUCCCCAUGGCCAUGCGCAAUGGACUUCCCCCACACCCGUGGGACCCCUCGUGCCUUGAUUCGGUCCCGUCCGACGAUUGGUACGACACCCAAAGUACUACCGUCCUUGACGAUGCAGAUUCCCCUUUCGACAGCUUGGGCAGACUCAAGACUUUGGAUGACGAUGCCCUGACUUCAUCUCGUCCCACCCCCAAGCAGUCCAUUGAUCGCCGCGGUAUUAUUGCUGCCAUGGCUGACCUUGUCAAAGACGAUCUGGUCCCUGCCUGUGCUGAUGAUGUCCCCGCCCUCUUAUCCCGCCAGUGCCAUCAUUAUGACUCCAGCUCCGACGAUGAUUCUGACCUCGAGGAUGACUCUGACAUUGAAGAUCUUCGACAGUGCUUUGCCCGUGUCCCCGACCUUUUGUCCCCCUAUGACGACUCCUCUGGUGCUGAAGACUCGGACUCAUCUGGUGAUGCUUCCGACUCUGACACUGAGGACUUACGCCAUUGUUUUGGAGUCCAAACCCGUGGACAGCUUCGUGGGGAGCCUCCAAGCACGCGCUCCCGUUCCCCCCCCUCCCGCCCCUCUGACCCAACGAAGGAUGGGGAGAAAAAGACUCGGAAGAAGCCUGAAGCCAGACGACCUCGUCUCAAGAAGCAGUCCUCCGUUGACAGAAGCCCACGAGUUGAGACAGUACUCCCAAGCGAUGAUGAUGACAGUUCCAGUGACGUUGAAGAUGCAGGCAAAGACAUUCUCAGGUCGAACAACAGGGCCAAGCAUCAUACUGGUGUUGAGCUGCCCCCCAUAUCCCGCAAGCGACCCCCUGAGCAGAUUCCAAUGAUGCGGCGGUUCUUUCCGGGAACUAAUGACGAGACACUCAAGCGAACCUAG